CAGCUCUUGUAGGCCACUCGCGCUGUGUUGUAAUAUCUGUAAAGACGCAGUGAGUGUCUAGCGCUGUCAAAUCCGCGCUCAGUAAAGAUGGCAGCGUUAGCAGUGCUGGAAACCCCUUCAGGGAAAGAUGCUCUCGCUGAGGGUUUGCUGGACCUCCUGAGUCCCGCUGUACAGCAGCUUGACUUACAUGUGCACUCAGUCAGAGAAAGCCAAGUGGAACUUAGGGAACACAUUGAUAAUUUGGCAUCUGAGUUGUGUAGGAUCAACGAACACCAGAAGGUGGCACUAGACUUAGACCCAUAUGUGAAAAAACUCCUUAAUGCCAGGCGAAGAGUGGUGCUUGUCAACAACAUACUCCAGAAUGCACAGGAGCGUUUGCGAAGGCUGAACCAUAAUGUUGCUAAAGAGACGGCACGCAGGAAGACCAUGCUUGAGGCAUCUGGAGCAUUUACUCCACGCUCUCCCAGCAAACCAUGAUGUCCGAAAUCUCACAUAUUGGGAAUGCACCAUUACACUGUGCUCAAUGCCAAGGACCAACGCUGUAGAUUUGCAGAAUCUUCCUCUUAUCAUUAAAGGGCGCUGGGCUAUGCAAAGCACUGCUAACCGAACACUGCAGCAUUAAUGUCAGUUCACUUAAGAGUAGUCAGGGAGACAGCAGUGUAAAUAUGCACUCAUUUCUUUCUUGAACAUAUGACUUUUUAAUAAAAUAUUUGUCUGAAUGAA